CUUACAUAUCUAAAUGUUGUCAACACUGUUCAGCAUGUAUCCAACCAAAAUCUAGUUUAUCGAUUGUCAAAGGCCCAUCAUCACCGCCAUUUUCAGUUUUUCGUUCGGGUGUUUUCCUUGUGCUGUGAUCGUAAAGGCGAAAAAUUCAACAAAAAAUGGAGAUGUCACUCAAUCCCGUCCGCAUGCUUAAAAAUGAUGCACAGGAGGAAAAGGCCGAAAUGGCGAGGUUAUCCUCGUUCAUUGGAGCGAUAGCUAUUGGCGAUUUGGUCAAGAGUACCCUCGGACCAAAGGGUAUGGACAAAAUUCUCGUCUCGCACGGCCGCAAUGCCGGACAAGUCGAGGUGACCAAUGAUGGUGCGACCAUCCUGAGGGCUGUCGGUGUUGAUAAUGCCGCUGCCAAGAUUUUGGUCGACAUGUCCAGGGUACAAGAUCAAGAAGUCGGUGAUGGUACCACAUCUGUGACAGUCUUUGCAGCCGAACUCAUUCGCGAGGCUGAGAAAUUGGUUGAACAAAAACUCCACCCGCAGAUCAUUAUCGCUGGAUGGCGCAUUGCCACCAAAGUUGCCCGCGAAGCACUGACAAAUGUCUCGUUGGACAAUUCAGCUGACAAUGAGAAAUUCAAGGAGGAUCUCCUGAAUAUUGCUCGUACUACUUUGAGCUCAAAGAUUUUGCAUCAGCACAAGGAGUUCUUCGCCAAGUUGGCUGUGGAUGCUGUGCUGAGGCUUAAAGGCUCAGGGGAAUUACACGCAAUUCAGAUUAUCAAGAAGACUGGUGGUACUCUGGAGGACUCUUUCUUGGACGAGGGAUUCCUGUUGGACAAGAAACCCGGUGUACAUCAACCACAGAAGGUAGAAAAUGCCAAGAUCCUCAUUGCCAACACCCCCAUGGACACUGACAAAAUCAAGGUAUUUGGAAGCUCAAUCAAGGUCGACUCGUUGGCGAAGAUCGCCGACUUGGAGCUAGCUGAGAAGGAGAAGAUGCGCGACAAGGUUAACAAGAUCCUCACCCACAAGUGCAACGUCUUCAUCAACCGUCAACUAAUCUACAACUACCCAGAGCAGCUGUUCGCCGAUGCCGGAGUCAUGGCCAUCGAACACGCUGAUUUCGAUGGAAUCGAGCGUUUGGCCUUGGUGACUGGUGGAGAGAUCGUUUCGACUUUCGACCAACCCUCAUUGGUGAAGUUGGGUGAAUGUGAUUUGAUCGAGCAGGUGAUGAUUGGAGAAGACACACUGCUGCGCUUCAGUGGAGUCAAACUCGGAGAGGCGUGUACUAUUGUGAUUCGUGGUGCUACUCAGCAGAUCAUUGAUGAAGCUGACCGUUCCUUGCACGACGCUCUGUGUGUGUUGGCCGCUACCGUCAAGGAGUCAAGAAUUGUGCACGGAGGUGGUGCUUCCGAGGCGCUAAUGGCCAAUGCAGUAUUCAAGAAAGCCGCUGAAACCGCUGGCAAGGAAGCUAUCGCAAUGGAAGCAUUUGCAAGGGCACUCCUUUCUCUACCUACCGCUAUCGCUGACAACGCUGGUUACGAUUCUGCUCAAUUGUUGUCCGAGUUGCGUGCAGCGCACGCUCAAGGCAACCACACAGCCGGUCUGGACAUGGAGAAGGGCAAGAUCGCCGAUAUGAAGGAGUUGGGCAUCACAGAAUCGUUUGCCGUCAAACGACAGGUUCUUUUGUCCGCUGCCGAAGCUGCUGAAAUGAUCCUGCGAGUGGACAACAUCAUCAGAUGCGCUCCUCGCAGACGUGUUCCCGAUCGUGGAUAUUGUUAAACAUUUUUAUUUAAAUCUUCA